AUGGCCGAGCCACCAGCAAGUUGGGAUCAAAACGAUGAUGAAAAUUCUGCAUUAGCAGCAGCUUUAAAUAAAUUUGGCAAAUUAAAUGUAAACGCUACGGAAUUUGUACCUAAUUUUGGUCCUGCAUUUUCAAUGGCUCCAAAAGCUCCGGUUGCUGCCCCUCAACCAGUAGUAGUACCUAAAACACCUCCACCGACACCAGUUAUUCCCCGAAGUACAACUGAAGAGGAAAAGAAACAACCGGAACCAAUGGCUAAAACUCAUGAAUUAAAUGCUCAACAAGUCAAAGAAUCACUUAAUAUUGUAGCAGAAGGAGAAUAUAAUGAUCUUCCUGAAGAAGACAUCGAAAGAAUAUCUACAGAUACAACAACAAUGAAUAAAUCAAACACAACCAGUGGAUCAGCCGUUCCAAAAGAAAAGAAACCUGCUGCCGUUAUUGUUAAACGAGAUAUUAUACGAAAGAAGGAACCUUUAAACAUCGUCUUUUGUGGUCAUGUUGAUGCUGGAAAAUCAACUAUUGGUGGUCAACUUAUGUUUUUGACAGGACAAGUUGAUAAACGAACACUUGAGAAAUAUCAAACUGAAGCUCGUGAACAAUCUCGUGAAUCUUGGUAUUUAUCAUGGGCAUUAGAUACUAAUGAAGAAGAAAGAGCUAAGGGUAAAACAGUUGAAGUUGGUCGAGCAUGGUUUGAAACUGAAAAAAAACAUUUCAUUAUUCUUGAUGCACCUGGUCAUAAAUGUUUUGUACCAAAUAUGAUUGGUGGAGCAUCACAAGCUGAUAUUGCCAUUCUUGUUAUAUCAGCUCGUAAAGGUGAAUUUGAAACAGGUUUUGAACGUGGUGGACAAACACGAGAACAUGCUAUGUUAGUUAAAACAGCUGGUGUUCGUUAUUUAGUUGUUCUUAUUAAUAAAAUGGAUGAUCCAACUGUUAAUUGGGAUCAAACAAGAUACGAAGAAAUCAAAGAUAAACUAACACCAUAUCUUAAAAAGUGUGGUUUUAAACCUGGCGAAGAUACUAUUUUUAUGCCUUGUAGUGGAAUGAGCGGAGCAUUACUUAAAGAACAUCCUGGAGAAGCACUUUUACCUUGGUAUAAAGGACCAACAUUUAUUGACUAUUUGGAGAGUUUACCAUCAUUUAAUCGAAGUAUUGAUGGUCCCUUUCGAAUGCCUAUUAUCGAAAAAUAUAAAGAAAUGGGUGUCAUUAUAAUGGGUAAAAUUGAAUCAGGAUGUUGUCGAGUUGGUGAUCGAUGUAUAGUAAUGCCAAAUCGACAUCGUGUUGAGGUAACAAAUAUCUAUUAUGAAGAAAUUGAAACUGAUUCAGCUGUUUGUGGAGAAAAUGUUCGAUUAAAAUUGAAAAAUAUUGAAGAAGAAGAAAUAUCGCCUGGAUUUAUUUUAUGCGAUACUCAACAAGAACCAUGUGGCGUAGGAAAAGUAUUUGAUGCACAAGUUGCUAUUAUUGAACACAAAUCAAUUAUAUGUCCUGGCUAUUCAGCUAUUCUUCAUCUUCACGCAGCAGCUGUUGAAGUUCAAUUAAAAAAAUUAAUAACAUUAAUUGAUCGUAAAACAGGUGAUAGAACUCAAGAACAUCCACGAUUCAUCAAACAAGAUCAAGUUGCUAUAGCUAGAUUUGAAUUAUCCCAAACAGGUCAAGCUAUUUGUAUGGAACCAUUUAAACGUUUUCCUCAACUUGGUCGAUUUACACUACGAGAUGAAGGUCGAACCGUUGCUGUUGGAAAAGUUCUUAAAAUAAUCGAGUAA